AAAUUAAAAUAGAAAUUUUCAUGGAUAUUUAAACAUCUAUUAGAUUUUUGAAGAAAUAAUUUGAGAAAAUUACAUUCAAGAGCAAGAAUGGCCAGUGAGAAGAGACAGAUGAUUCAUGGAGUAGAGGUGGUGUUUCCCUGUAAGCCGUAUCCCUCUCAGUUCAGUAUGAUGGAAAAAGUGAUAAAAGGAAUAGAGAGGGGGGAGAACUGCCUAUUGGAGAGCCCUACAGGCAGUGGCAAAAGUUUGGCCCUUUUGUGUUCUGCAUUGGCCUGGCAGACUGCAGAGUACAAUAAAAGGGAAAAAGAGCUCUUAAAUUCAAGUGACAAAGAUACUAAGACACAUUGUACUUGUAACAAUGAAAUAAAGAAAGAGAGUGAAAAUAAAUCCACAGAAAACAAGGCCAGAAUUAAGAAUGUCCUGAGUGCUAUUUCUGCCAGCCCCUCAGGCUUUGGAGAUAAUGAUGAGGAGGAUUUCCAGCAGCCAGGUAAUUUUAGAACACCUGGAAACCUUAAACAGAAUGCUAGAAGACACCUUCCUAUUUCGUAUGAGACAUCAUCCCCAGUUGAUGAACCUGCAGCAAAUGUGGAAUCUCCAGAACCUUGUACAUGUUGUGCUGGUGAUGGACCAAAAGCUAGAAAAGUCCCUAAGAUUUACUUUGGUACAAGGACACAUAAACAGAUUGCACAGAUUAUCAGAGAGUUGAAGAAGACAGCUUACAGAGAGGUCAAAAUGACCAUUUUGGCAGCCCGAGAACACACAUGUAUCCACCCAGCUGUCAGUCAAAUGAGGGGCAAGAACGAGGGGUGUAAGGAAUUACUAGAUGGUCCUGGAUGUAAAUUUAAUGACCGUUUGAAGAGGAUCCCAGCAACGCAGGACUUUGUGAAGAAGCAUGGCCUAACUGAGGCAUGGGAUAUUGAGGAUUUUGUGGGACUUUCUAAAACUCUCAAGGUGUGCCCAUACUUUGCCACGAGAGGAUUGAGAAGUGGUGCAGACAUUGUGUUUUGUCCGUACAAUUAUUUGAUUGACCCAGUCAUUAGAGAUACGAUGGAGAUACAGCUCAAAGGUCAAGUUGUCAUACUGGACGAGGCACACAAUAUGGAGGAUACGUCCCGGGAAGCAGCCGGGGAGAAAAUCGGAGACGAUGUCCUGGAAAAGGCAAUCAAUGAACUGGAUGAACUCAUUAAGUUUGAGAUCCUGACUGCAGAACAUCUUAGAGUGAGGCAACUGUGUGCAGGACUUCUUGGAUUCAUCAGAGACAACCAGGACAAUUUACAAAAUAUGGAUUUUGACCACGAAUACAAGUGCUGGUCAAGUUACGAUAUCAUUGUAAGACUGGAGAAAAUUGGGGCAGGGCCUAAACAGUUUCAAGAGAUGCAGAAACACCUGAGUAAGGUAUUUGAGGAAGCUUUAGAUAAAGAGACUGUAGUGAAGGACAUGUCUGGUCGAGUGAUUAAGCUCAGUAGUGCCACCUUACAGACUCUGGAACACAUCAUAAAGGUGUUCUCUUACCUGUACAAGAAUGACCUCCAGUUUGUGACAGACUACAAAAUGGCAGUGGUCAAGACCACAGUCUACACUAGGAAUAUUAACACGGACGAUAUGUGGUUGAAUUCAAAGAGGAGAAGGGGAGGUGUACCUAAUCACCCUACCACUCAAUUGUCCUUGAACUUCUGGUGCAUGAAUCCUGCAGUGGCCUUUUCUGACCUGUCAAUGUGUAGAAGUGUAGUCCUAACAAGCGGGACUCUAUCACCCAUAAACUCAUUUGAGUCUGAGCUAGGAGUUCCCUUUCCUAUCAAACUGGAGGCAAACCAUGUGAUUGAAGAUAAACAGGUGUGGGUGGGGGCUGUGGGUCAGGGGCCCAGGGGAGGGACACUUGAGGCUGUGUACAGAUGUGUAGAAACCCUCCAGUUUCAGGAUGAAUUGGGAGAACUUGUCCUCAGAGUGUGUCAGCAAGUGCCACAUGGUGUCCUUUGUUUUGUUCCAUCUUACAGUACACUUGGUAAACUGAAGACAAGGUGGGAGAUCACAGGAUUGUGGGAGCGGAUCAAGGAAUACAAGGAUGUGAUGGUGGAACCCCGGGCCUCUGACAGGGUAGAUUUUGAGGAUCUGAUGAGGCAGUACUAUGAUUCAAUACACAUGUCACAGGAUCAGGCAGAUGGCAGGAAGACAGGUGCUCUGUUUGUGGCUGUAUUCCGGGGUAAAGUCAGCGAGGGUAUGGAUUUUGCUGACAACUAUGCCAGAGCCGUCAUCACUGUUGGUAUUCCAUAUCCUAAUGCUAAAGAUGUUCAGGUGAAAUUCAAACAGGAGUUUAACAAUAUCUAUCGUUUGUCGAGAGGACUGCUGUCAGGGUCAGAGUGGUACGAUAUUCAAGCCUUCCGAGCUCUGAACCAGGCACUGGGGCGAUGCAUUAGACACAGGAAAGACUGGGGAGCUAUCAUCCUUGUGGAUAACAGAUUUGUCAAGAAUGUACAUAAAGUUCAAGGUUUGUCCAAGUGGGUAAGAAGGAAGGUUCAGACAUACCAGGCCUUUGAUGCAGCCAUGGACUCCAUUGACAAGUUCACUAAGGCCAGGCAAAAGGAUAUGCCCAUUGUCAACCCAGACACCUCAUUUAUUCCUGGGACCCCAGUAACACCUGGACAACACCUAGGAUCACAGAUGACCUCGCCGACUACCUCUACGCCCUAUGCCUUUGGGUCGGAGACACCCAUAGGGAAAGGAUUCUCAUUAGAAAUCCCUCUUAAAUCCAUCGUAAAAUCUCUCAACACAUUACUAGGGUCACCUGAACAAGGAGCAGGAAAAGCAGAUCAGUGUGUAAUGAUGUCACCAACUGAUGUUCACAAAAACCAGAGUUACGAGAGUCUGGUGCAGAAUCGACAGGUGGUUCAACCAGAAGUUUCAGCCAAUAACAACCAGUUAGCCCUAAAUAACCAGCUAUGCCUUCCUUCAGCACAGCCUCUGAAUCACAUGUCUGAGAUAAUGAAGGUCAUUAACUCUUCCAGUGCUCCUAAAGACAAGCCAUACUACAUCAUCAUAGGACAAGGGACUCCUCAACAACAAAUGUACCUGAUUGAACCUCCUCCAAAACUGGCACCACAGCCAGGAAAUAAGGUGGUUGUGCCAACCCCAAAUCUAGGUCAAUGUCAAACACCAAGCAAUGUCAUUGAGCAAACUAAGAAAGAGCUUAAAGGGCAAACACCAAAUAAAGGUAUUUUGGGUCACACACCUGGAAAAAGUUUACUCCAAACUAAAAUGGGAUUGACAAGUCAGCAACCAAGGACAGCUACUACUGAAAGUGUGCAAUCAAAUCAGAAAACAACUAUUUCCUCAGAGUCCACAAGACCUGUCAUAGAUCUGACUGGAAAUUCAGAACAACCAAAAGAAAGCAGUGAGAAAGAAAAAGUUAUUGAUGGAAAGUCAGAUAAGAAUAUUGAAACAUUUCAAAACGAUAAGAGUUCUGAAAAACCAAACCGAUUUUACAAGUUCUGUAGCAUUAAUGAUCCUCAGAAUCCAGAAACUGUGAGAAAAAAUCCUGUGGGCAAACUACAGGAGCCCGUCACUCCUGUGUUGUUUGUUGAAAACUCACAAGAUGAAGAUUCAGUAAACAACGAACCAACUCAAAACAAUGUGGUGUCCACAUCCAGAAAACCCUUGUUUAGAAAGACAGAAAAGGGCAGUAGUAAACCAAGUGAUGCUGUACAAAGUUAUGAUAGUGAGAAAGAAUUUAAAAGCAGUAAAAAAUCAGCAACAACAAAGGAGUUGGAAACUAGUCAUAAUAACACAGACUCAGCUCUGGGUGAGGGCACCUCAGAAAAGGAGGAGGAUUGUCAUUUGAGGACAAGAAGGGGCCCUCGAGGACUGAAGAGAACCUCAGUCCCAAAACCCAACCUGAGGAUGUCCAAGCGCAGAAGAGGGGUGGAUUUUCUUGAUGACAAAGAUGAGGGCAAAGAAAAUCAGUCUAUGAAUCAGUCACAAGCCAGCUGUAAAGUCUGUGGUCAGAUCUUGCUCACUCCUCUUGGUGAAUUUGAAAAAAGGAAACGAGUUCCAAAAUUUCUGGCCCAUUUGGAUCUCUUUAGGAACAAGGCUGUAAUAUUUACUUCAAACAAAGAAAAAAAGAGCUGUUUCCAGCCCUGUACUGCAGACAAUGGAGGUAUAUCAUUGAACAGUGUCUGGUGUCAUGAGGAGCAAUGUUGUGUACAGUUUAUUUCCUGUACAGGGUGUCACAAAAUUGGUCAACCUGAUAAUGUGAUCGGAGCUCAGAUUCUGUUUGUGGACAAUUCAAACUCAUCACACGACCUUGAGAAGGGUCAGAUGUGGAUAAUUGCUGCCAACGUAUCUAUAGAAGAUUGUUAGUGUCUUGAUAUUUAUAUAAUGUAUAUGAAUCACAAAUUAGGAAUAAAUUUUUACAAAAGAA